AGAAUGUGUUCUGACGUCUCAGGGAGGGGUGGAGGAAUGUCAUAUAAAGCACAAUAAACGUAGAACCUGAAUCUAACAGCAAACGACAACACAGCGGCACUCAUGGACGAGUUGAAGCUUCGAAAUGUCCACCUGCAGCAGGUCCAGAACCAGAUCCGGCACAGGACCGAUGGUCUGAGCUCCAGCUCUCUGGUGCUGCGCAGAGGACAGCCCUUCACCAUCCUCAUCAACUAUGAUGGACGGCCAUUCGAUCCACUGAAGGACAAACUGGUCUUCUGGAUUGUUCUAGGGCCGCUGUCUGUGGAGAUGCCGGUCUCCGUGUCUGGAAACCCUUCUCCGUCUCAAUGGAGUGCCAUUCUGGAGAGGAGAGUACCGGACCCGAACGCGGGCCGCACGCAGACCGUAUCACUGUUCAGCCCUGCGUCUUCCUCUGUAGGAGUCUAUACACUUCACCUGAGAGUCGAGACCCGCGGGAGCAUCAAAACUCACGUGCUGGGACAGUUCACACUCCUCUGCAACCCCUGGUGCCAAGCUGACUCCGUGUUCCUGCAGUCGGAGGAUCUGAGGGAUGAAUACAUCAGGAAUGACUUCGGUCUGCUGUUUAAAGGCAGCCCCGGGAACAUCGAAUCCAGACCCUGGUCUUUCGAUCAGUAUGAAAAAGGAAUACUGGACACCUGUAUGAAGUUGCUGCAGUUGAGUCCUCAAUCUCAAGCCGACGUGAGGAAAGAUCUUCUGAACCGCAGCAGUCCGGUGUACAUCAGCCGUGUGAUCUCAGCUAUGGUGAACUGUCAGGAUGAUAAAGGGGUCUUAAUGGGGAACUGGUCAGGAAAGUACAGCGAUGGUGUAAACCCCUCCACGUGGUCCGGCAGUGCAGAUGUUCUCAGGACGUGGGCAGAAACACAAUUCAGCCCUGUGAGAUACGGACAGUGCUGGGUGUUCGCUGCUGUCAUGUGCACAGUAAUGAGAGCCCUCGGCAUUCCAACUCGAGUGAUCACCAACUUUAACUCGGCUCACGACACAAACAAGAACAUGGUGAUUGAGGAAUAUUACUCAGAGAAGGGGGAAAAGCUGUCCAUCGGGCGGGAUAGUGUCUGGAACUUCCAUGUGUGGGUGGAGAGCUGGAUGAAGAGGCCUGAUCUGGAUGGAGGUUAUGACGGCUGGCAGGUUCUUGACCCCACGCCACAAGAGAUGAGCGCCGGAACGUACCGCUGUGGUCCUGCUGCUGUGAAAGCCGUUCAUGAGCAGAAGGUGAACGCGCCAUACGACGUACCCUUCGUUUACGCAGAAGUCAAUGCAGAUGUGCAUAGAAUGAUCAUCAGAGAUGGGAAGAUAUUAGCAACCAGCGUUGACAAAGACACAGUCGGAGCCCUGAUCUGCACCAAACGUCCCGGUCCAGCCAUGCUCAUGCAGGACAUCACGUCAGAAUACAAAACUGAGAUGGUUAGAAAGCCAUUUAUGUUCAGCAGUGAUGGUAAGUCAUUUCCUCAGGGCGUUGGAGUUUCUCUCCAGCUUCUGAAAGCCCCUGUAGUCGGAGAAAACCUUUCUUUCAACGUCAUAAUCACUAACAACAUGGCAAUUCCGAAACUGCUGAGAAAACACGUGAGCGCUCAGAACAAAGAGUACAACCGUAAUCCCACUGGAAGCUUCUGGGAGGCUCAUGAUGAUCUGAAGAUCGGCCCGUGUGAAACUGUGACGGUAAAACACGAGAUCUCCUUCAACAAGUACAUGCUGAAUGAGGCUAUGGAGGAUUACCUGGUUAACCUGGCUGUGGUUAUAGAGGAUGUGAAGUCUCAGGAGAGAGUGCUGGCUUCAGAAGAGUUUAACAUCAGCAGCCCUGCCCUCAAUAUACAGAUUCAAAACGAGUACUCGGUCAUCAUUAACACACAGCAAGUUGCCACGGUAACCUUUACCAACCCGUUCAACGUUGCAGUGAGCGGUGACCUCGUCGUAGUGGGUUCAGGACUCCUGGAGGAGAAGGUUCAGAUGAGGCUUACGCUCCAGCCUCGAGAAACCAUGAGGAGGCCCAUCCGUUUCAUUCCCAGGAUGACGGGAGCCAAGAUGCUUCACGCUAGUUUAGAGUUGACGGAUCAGUCCACUGUCCUCCGUGGAUUCAAGACCGUCACUGUUCAAGCAGCUUAGAGGGAAACACCUUUACAGAUGAUCGUGAACACAGAGAUGAUUGCCCAGGUGAAGAGGAAAUAUGUUUAAAUUGUGCUUUUUUGGACAUUCUUAAUAUAUUUAAAUUACACUAUACUAAAUGUAUAAGUGCAUAUUGAAUGUAUUAUUUUGAAACGACUUCAGGUAUAUUAGGUGUAUUUCAAGAUAUGCUUAAGAUCAAUUUUAAGCUAUCUGCAAUAUAUUUUAAUAUAUUAAAAUGUGCUAAAAUGGAA